AUGAAGAUUUACACUGACGUUAUCUCCAACGACGAGUUGUUGUCCGACGCUUACGACAUCAAGGAAGUCGACGGUGUCGUUUACGAGGCCGACUGUGCCAUGGUCCAGGUCAAGAACGGUGGUGACAUUGACAUCGGUGCCAACCCAUCUGCCGAGGACGCUGCUGACGAUGUUGAGGAUGGUGUUGAGACCGUCAACAACAUUGUUCACUCCUUCAGAUUGCAGCAGACUCAAUUUGACAAGAAGUCCUUUUUGACCUACAUCAAGGGUUACAUGAAGCAGAUCAAGGCUUACUUGUCUGAGCACAACCCAGAUGAGGUUGAGACUUUCGAGAAGGGCGCCCAGGCCUACGUCAAGAAGGUUAUCGGCUCCUUCAAGGACUGGGAGUUCUUCACUGGUGAGUCUAUGGACCCAGAUGCCAUGAUCGUGUUGUUGAACUACCGUGAAGACGGUACCACCCCUUUUGUUGCUGUGUGGAAGCACGGUGUUAAGGAGACUAAGAUCUAA